AUGAACACCAUUGUUGCAUUGGCACUUGUUGGGUUGGUGGUCGCUGACGACACCGGAGUUACGACUAGAUAUUGGUAAGAUAAGGAAAAGGUUCGGCUAGAGCGUUCUCUGAGAAAAAAAUGGUCAAAUCGAACCAUAGUGCAUGCUGGUUGAAGAUUACUGGAUUUGUUCUUACUAUAUCUUUACAGGGACUGUUGCAAGAACUCUUGUUCUUGGCCAGGAAAGGCCUCUCUCAAGGAGGGCCCUUCCAAAAGCUGUGAUGUUAACAACAACCCCUUGAACGACGGUGGAAACACUCAAUCCGGCUGUAACGGAGGUAGCGCCUACUCCUGCUCCACCGAACAGCCCUGGGCUGUAAACGACACCCUGUCCUACGGAUUCGCUGCUGUCAAUAUUGCUGGUGAAAGCGAGAGCGACUGGUGUUGCGCCUGCUACGAACUGACCUUCACUUCCACCGCCGUUGCCGGCAAAAAGUUCAUUAUUCAAGCGACCAACACCGGCGGAGACUUGGGAAGCAACCAGUUCGAUUUGGAGAUCCCCGGCGGUGGUGUUGGCCUCUACAACGGCUGCACAGCCCAAUGGGGCGCCCCAUCGUCCGGCUGGGGAUCGCAAUACGGAGGAGUCAGCUCUGCGUCGGACUGUAGCCAGCUUCCGUCGGCGUUGCAACCCGGCUGCGAAUGGAGAUUCGGAUGGUUCGAGAAUGCGGACAACCCAAGCGUCACCUUCAAGAGAGUCACUUGCCCCACGGCUAUCACUGACAAGAGCGGCUGCAUUAGAUCUGAUGACUAG